GGCACGUAGCCACCCACCAUGGUGUCGUCGAUCACCCUGGAGAGGAAGUCCCGGUCGUUCGUCGCGCCGGCCGCGCCGGCGUCGGGCGAGACGCUGGAGCUGUCCGCCAUCGACCGCGUGCCCGGGCUGCGCCACACCGUGCGGUCGCUGCACGUGUUCCGGCGCGACGGCGCCGACGACGGCGCCAGGCCGGCCGAGGUGAUCCGCGCCGCGCUGUCGCGCGCGCUGGUGGAGUACCCCGCGUUCGCCGGCCGCUUCGUCCGCUCGGCGGCGGCGGCUGGCGAGGCCUGCGUCGCGUGCACCGGCGACGGCGCCUGGUUCGUCGAGGCCGCCGCGGGAUGCAGCCUCGAGGACGUGAACGGCCUCGACUACCCUCUCAUGGUCUGCGAGGAGGAGCUGCUGCCCGCUCCGGAGGACGGUGUUGACCCUACCACUAUCCCGGUCAUGAUGCAGGUGACGGAAUUCACUUGUGGAGGAUUUGUCGUGGGCUUGGUAGCGGUCCACACCCUCGCAGACGGGCUUGGCGCAGCACAAUUCAUUAAUGCAAUUGCUGACUUUGCCCGCGGCCUCGACAAGCCUACAAUGGCUCCUGUAUGGGCACGAGCUGUAAUCCCGAGCCCACCCAAGAUACCUUCGGGGCCACCACCAACGUUCCAGUCAUUCGGCUUCCAGCAUUUUGUUACAGAUGUCAGUUUAGACUGUAUCGCCAGUGUCAAGGCUGAAUACUUCCGGGCAAUGGGUCAGUACUGCUCAACUUUUGAUGUCGCCAUUGCAAAGGUUUGGCAAGCUCGAACUCGGGCCAUCAAGUACAGUCCUGAAGACGAGGUUAAAAUAUGCUUCUUCGCAAACACGAGACACCUUCUCACACAGGUUCUCCCAAAGGAUGGGGGCUUUUAUGGCAACUGCUUCUACCCAAUUACUGUAACGUCUACAACGAAGGAUGUUUCCAUGGCGGGGCUACAUGACGUGAUCAAAAUGAUUAGGGAUGGGAAGGCAAGGCUCCCUUUGGAGUUUGCCAAGUGGGCGUCAGGGGAUGUCAAGGUUGAUCCAUAUCAGUUGACAUUCGAGCACAAUGUGUUGUUUGUGUCGGACUGGACGAGGCUUGGAUUAUUUGAGGCCGACUACGGGUGGGGCGCCCCUAGCCAUAUCAUACCAUUCACCUAUGCAGAUUACAUGGCGGUCGUGGUGCUUGGUGCUCCACCAAUGUCAAAGAAGGGCACCCGGAUUAUGACCCAAUGUGUGGAGGGGAAGCAUCUAAAGGAGUUCGGGGAUGAGAUGAAGGAUUUCUUUUGAAUGUCUAGUUGUUAUUAUAUCAAUGGUAUGUGUGUAUGUUGUGUGGGGAUAAAUUUAUGUCAAUCUUUGGAGUCGUGAGAAAAUAGUACACUUGCGAUGUUGGGAAAAGUAACAAAUAAUAUUGUUGCACGACUAUCCAUGUAAUUCAGGGGUUGGGCUACCCAAUAAAGUUUGUGAAAGUUCAA